AGUUAUUAAUGUUAUUAAUAUAAUGCUUUUGAAUAGCUGCUGCCCUUAACAAUAAUUGCACUAUGCAGUUAUUGCAAGAGGAACAGAUUACAAGAACUAAACAAAUUACUAAUGAGAUGCAAACUACAAAAGAUUAUCAAUUAGAGCAGCAAACCCUUCCUAGUUAUACACAAGAACUUUUUCAGGAAAGUGGAGACAAAAUAGGAAACAUUAAGGAUUUAGCAAAUGAAUUAAAGGAAAAGAAAAUUGCUUUUGAUGCAAUGGUAGAAAGAGUUAAUAAAUUACAAAAUGAUCUAGAAGUUAUUCAUGAGCAAAAUAAAGAAGCAAACAAACUUUUAGCACAGUAUAAAGCAGAAAAUGAAGAAUUAAAGAACCAACAACAAAAACUUCUCAUUAAAGAAAAUAAAGACAGAUUGGAUGCUGAAGCAAACAUUGUUGCUGAAAUAGAUGCUAUAAAAGAAGAGAAGCGAUCUUUAGAACUUCAAUUAGAAUGUGCUUUGAAGACUCAUGAGAUUCACACAUCAAAAAUAGAGAAAUUACAAACUUCUAUUGCAUCUUUAGAAAUACAGCUAAAACAUUCAGAAGUUAUCCAUGCUGAGGAAAUAAAUGCAAUUAAACAAGAACAAAAUGAAGCAAUUAAGGAAGUAGAACAAUCAAAACAAGAUGAAAUUGCAAAUGCAAAAAAAGGCAUAGAAGAAAUAGAACAGAAACUAAAUGAAAAUUUGCAGCGACUUGAAAUGCAAAGAACACAACUUGAAAAAGAAAUAAUGCAUCUUAAUGGAAAACUUGUAGAAGAGAGAACUAAGACUGAAGAACUACUUCAGCAACAAAGAUUAAAGUUUCAUGAAGAAAUGGAAGCACAGUGCUCUCAGCUCUCAGAAAAAGUCCAUACAUUACAAAAAGAAAAUGAUGAUCAAAUAAAAGUGAUCUCCCAGAAGGAAUUUGACAUUACACAGUUACAGUCUGUGAAAGAGCACUUAGAAAUAGAAAAAGAAAAUCUACAUAAAAUAGUCAGUCAACUGAAAGAGCAAUUAGCUUCUAAAGAAAGUGAAUUAAGAAAUAUAGUUACUACUUCAGAAACAGAAAACCGAGAUAAACAUAAUGAGUUAAUGAAAGAAAAAGAUAACAAUAAUAAUUUACAGAGUAAAGUUUUGGAAUUAGAAACCACCCUCAAUAAUCUUCAAAACCAAUAUUCAGAAAAUAUUGCUAAUAAAGAUUAUCAAAUUAAUACUCUGAAGGAUAUAUUACAAAAAAAAGAAACUGAAUUACAAAAUAAACAGCAAGAAGAACUUAAUAGAGCUUCAGAGUUGUAUUCUGCUUUCAAGAAUUAUAUGGAUAAUGUUCCCAGAUUGGAUAUUACCAGCUAUUUUGCUUCUAGAGGAUCAACUUCCACUCCGUUUUCAAAAAAAUAAUUUAUAAUAAUUUUUAACUUCAAAAUUAUUUUUAUCAUGUUAAAGAAUUUGGCAGUAAAUCAUUUUCACAAGUUGAAUACAAAAUUAUUAUCUAAAGCAGAUUAUCAAAUUUAUCAAAAUAUUUUAAAAAGUUUUAAAAUAAAAUGUAAAGAAUUCUGAUGAAUCAAAUUGAUGUUUUAAUUUUAUGAAAGAGUGGAUUUAA